CAAAACAAAACUCUGCACGAAAACAACCCCAAGAGUGCAUGUAAUGAGUCUUGCGCAGUCGUUGUACUCUUCGUUUCUUGUCGUGCAGGGUGUUCUCGGGCAGCAACCAUUUAUAACUAUCCUGCAGUAACUAGUCCAGAUAUGUAUACGUUGUUAGCGGGGCGAUGUGUUCUGUCAUGCGCUAAUUUCUUCUUUCUAGUGGUGCCCGUUGAAGUUAGCUGACCGUAAAUGUGGAAGGCAGAAACAUUCCUUGGUUUAUAAAUUCAGGAAACAUGUCUAACUUUUACAUGCGUGCUUUUGCCAUUCGUCAGUUAGAAGCAAGCUAAAGCUUUAUUUUCUCCACGAAUUUGAUGCACAUUCCAUAAAGAGUCUUUUGUACGGAUUUCAUGAAAUGGCGCACCAAUCAGUCAAGUUCAUUGAGAUUCUUGUGUUGAUGAAGUGUGUAUAAAGUUACUUAUAAAUAGACGCGUGAGGCGACCGGGGCUGUGGUUAAUCUGGCUGUAUUCUCACACCCACCUGCGCAGGGAUUUUUGAGAAGACAGUGGACUCGAUCACGAAGCCGUCGCGGAGGAAGACGGCUGUGCGGAGCAUGAGUGGCUGCGCCGGACCAGGUGACUUGGUCGCCAUCUUGGGACCACCAAACAGCGGGAAGUCCACGCUGCUCAACAUACUGUCCGGAUAUUGCAGAGAGGGCUACAGCGGCGAAGUACUCAUCAACGGCGCCCGGAUGGGUGUGGAGGAGCUGAGCGAUCGCAGCUGCCACGUGCCGCAGACGGACUUGCACCUGGACUGCUUCUCGGUGAAAGAGACGCUGUGGAUCGCCGCUGAGCUGAAGUUCCCCACGUCCACAGAGCGCAAGGACAAGUUCCGAGCAGUCGUGAACGCGAUGGAACGUUGGGGACUGAUGGACGUGCGACGCAUCCCGGUAUCCUUGGUUAGCAAGACCCACCGGCGCCUGCUUACUUGCGCCGAGCAGCUCAUCCGGCCUCAACCGCUAAUAUUCGUCGACGAUCCCACAAGAAACGUGGACGCGAUGCAGGCGCACAUCUGUCUGCGCACGCUCAAGUAUCUGGCUUACAAGGGCCACACGGUGAUAGUCGUCGUCUCCAACCCCACAUCAGUCAUGCUUAAGUACAUCACGAAGGUCUACGUGUUGGCCGAAGGCAGGCUAAUCUACAGCGGUGUGCCGGCUGACCUGAGGAACCACUUGGGCGCACACGGCUUUCUCUGUCCAGCGGACGUUUCGAUCACCGAAUACCUGCUGCAGGUGGCCGCCAAGAUGUACGGCGGACUCCGCGCGCUCGCCGAGACAGAGACCAUGAAGGCCAAGGAGAUGCAGCAGCAAAUGAAGCAGCCGCUCCCUUCGGCUGAGCCUUCACCGAUCGGUGCCCCGCCAAGUGACCAACCGCAGGGCGUGACGGUGGAGCCACGGCGUUCAAAGGCGACCGAGGCCGUCGAUGGCAACGACGAAGGCGGCAAGGCGACCGGAGGGCGACGGAACAGUCUUGGCAACAUAUUCGAGGGUCGCGAAACGGUUGACAGCAAGGACCUGUUCUCUCUUCUUUUCAACAGGUUCAUCUUCUACACUUUCCGCAGUUCGGUGUACAUGUCAUACAGGCAGUUCAUAAAUAUCUCGUUCAUCGUCAUCUUCGCGAACGUGUUCAACUCGGUGGGUGUGGAGCACAAUUUCACCGACAUGAACGUCGCUUUCGUCUUCCUGUACAUGUCCUGCCUAUCUGGAUUCUCGCUCCUGAGCGCAACGCUCAAAACACCUUUGCUCAUCCAGCACGCGAUCCACGAGCAGCGCUACUCUCUCUACGGCAAGAAAAUUUACUUCCUGGCCCGGGUCACGUGUGACAUCAUGUAUGAGAUCAUGUUCUCGGUGUCAUCUGGAAUAUUCGACUACUACCUAACACACCAGCCGAAGGAAGAGAGCCGGAUCUUCUUCUUCCUCUGUUUCGGCUUCCAGGUGUCCGUGCUGGGACAAGCUUUGGGCACGCUCAUCGGAACCAUCUUUGAAUGGGCUGCAUGGUGGCGCUCACAGUGUUCGUCUACUCUGUGGUAUUCGGCGGCUACUUCUUCACCCCCAAGCAGCUGGCCUCCCACGUUAUGUGGCUGCCAUUCACGUCGUACCUGCGCUACGCCUUCAGCGGCACCCUGAUUUCCCUCUACGGCUGGAAGCGAGGAAACCUCACCUGCCCCACAGAGGCCAACCACACCUGCCCGUACGCCGUCGGGACCGACGUGCUCGCCGCGUACUCCGUAUGCGAGAACGAGUUCUACAUUGGCCUGGUGACGUUGUUCAUCGCCAUACUAGCCGUUUGGCUCAGUGCCUGCCAGCUGCUCGCAUUCAGAAUCAAGUGGCGCCUUUGAAGUGAAGCGGAACGCGCCCGUGCUCAAUUAACAGAAAAUGUACAUGCUGAUGUAGCCGUGUUUGUUGUCCAUGUGCUCGGGGUCUACCAAUCUGUACCUUUACGAAAUGUAAAGGGGGUGGUAGAAUAAAGACGUGCCAUUUUCUUUUUUACCUUGA